UGAUGAUUGAUGAUUAUGUUCGGUUCUUUUGUCUGGGCAUCAUUGUGGGAAAAGUGUGUGGCCACACACGGGCUUGAUCCAUCACAGCUCGGUCUUCUAUCGUCAUGUCGACGGCAGGACCCUGAACUGCAAGCUAGCGGAGCGGGCUGUGGCGGAUGGCCAUGUGGUAGACUGAAUUGUUGUGUCCUGCGCAAGGGGAAAAGAAUUUUGCCACAUAUCACCAGAGUGUGUCUGAUCUCGACGUUUUUAGAAGAUGGACUUCGAAUGUGGUUCCAGUGGUCUGAGCAGAGAGAGUACAUGGAUAUAUCAUGGGGCUGCGGCUGGUUUUUGGCCACUAUGUUCGUCUUAAUAAAUUUUGUGGGCCAACUUGGUGGUUGCGCAAUGGUCCUGCUAAGGAAAAAAGUCCCCAUCGCCUGCGGCAUCCUUUUUUUCAUUGUUUGCUUACAGACUGUUGCAUACAGUAUCCUGUGGGACCUCCAGUUCUUGUUCAGAAAUCUAGCCCUUGUUGGUGCCCUCCUUCUGGUUUUGGCAGAAAGCAGAGAGGAUGAAGGCCGGGGACUUUUUGCUGGUCUUCCGAGCGUUGGUGAAAACAAGCCCAAAAACUACUUGCAAUUGGCUGGCCGUAUUUUGGUUGUGUUCAUGUUUGCGACUCUCCUGAGACUGGAAAUUUCAUUCAUGCAGAUCCUCCAAAACAUUGUGGGCUCAGUUCUGAUGGUACUUGUAACAAUAGGCUACAAGACGAAGCUCAGCGCGUCAAUUCUUGUUGUCUGGCUUCUCAUUCUCAACUUCUGGAUGAACGCCUGGUGGACGAUUCCGUCAUACAAGCCUAUGAGAGAUUUCCUCAAAUAUGAUUUCUUCCAGACCCUCUCCGUAAUCGGUGGUCUAUUGAUGGUGGUGACCCAAGGCCCUGGUGGAGUUUCAAUGGAUGAGCACAAGAAGAAGUGGUAACCAAACCUGGCUGACCAUCAUGUGACGUUUCGACAUUUUACUACAUUCAAGCCAAUCUGCCAUUAGUUGGCAGCUCAGGACUGCUUUUUAAAUGAAUAAUUUGCGAGCAUUGACAUGACCCCUGAUGUCAAGUUAUCAGAUUAACCCCCUCGAGAUGAGAAAAAAAAAUGAGUUACCUUAGAGAGGCUCAGUCUGAUAACCGGAUCAAAUGUUGGUGCUUUGUUUACUUGAAAAAAAAAGUGGACGAUUGUCAUCUUUGCUGACAUAAACCAGAAAAAAUGUGCAGACUUCAAUAAAUGUAAUUGGCAGGUUUUCCGAUAACAUUCCAAACUGAGUAUCUUAAAUUAUUAGAAAAUACAUCGAAUGCCUAGUUGUCCUUGCGCAAGAUUUAAUCACAUUGGCUGUCUAGUCUGGUUGGAUAUUACACAGUACUCGGCCAGUGCACGCUGCAGACAUCUGCUCUUUUCUGGUUUAAAAAUAUGUUCUCUGAAUUCUUUGGAAUGUUUUUUUAUUUUAUUUUGUUGUCUUGCUAAAAAUCAAUAUUUUUAUGCUAUAUAUUCGCGGCUUGUUCUGGCAAAUCUUCCAUGAAUCAUUCCUGCUCAAUUCGGACAAAAUCGAGCCCAUGCUUCCUCGCGAGUGGUGGAAAAAUUCAAGAAUAUUUAUUCUGACGGCAAAUGAAUUUAUGUACAGAUUUAAAUUUUGCAAAUAUGUAACUCUGAAGUGCAUGGUGAAGGAUUGCUUUGUGAACAAAUAAAUUCUACAUUCAAAUA